UUCUAAAUCGAAUAAUAGUUCUAAAUCGAAUAAUAGUUCUAAAUCGAAUAAUAGUUCUAAAUCUGGUUCAAAACAUCGUGCUUCUAAAUCAAGCUCGAAAUCUGAUACUCAACCUGAUUCUACUACCCCAGAAUCAAAUCCUUCACCUGUUGCUACUCCUGAACCAAAUCCUUCACCUGCUGACACAGGAUCCGCUAACCCAUUGGAUGGUACUCCUUGUCCUGAUAAUGGUGUUAUGACUUGCUUAAACACUGGUGCAUCCGGUGACUUUGCUACAUGCAGUAAUGGCAAGCAAGUUAUUCGACAAUGUCCUGGGGUCUUA